UCUUCUCGUCAGAAGUCAGGCCCAGCAAUCCUUGUUUCUGCGCUACGUUGUUGAAACCAUUCACAACUUGCGAGGCGCAUUGGAAUUUGGGCGCAUUGGAAUAUGGAUGCACAUGGGUGCAACAUUCAAGGUGGCAUGCAGAGAUACUAGAUAGUACAGGCUUGCGUGGAGCAGAGCAAAUAGCAAUGCAGCAGCUACUUGUAGGGGCGUAAGAAUCUUCAAAGACCUCUGGUUCCACAGCAAAUGGCGCGCGAAAGGGCUGUCCUGGUGCUCAAUGCUGGCAGUUCGUCCCUCAAGUAUGCCAUAUACAAUUUCCUGAAGGAAGGGACCAUUAAAAGGACAGUGCAGGGUCUGGUGGAGCAGAUUGGCACCAGUAGGAGCUCCAUCAGCCACCACUCGCUGACUGGAGCCCCAAUCCCGGGAGCUGAUGCUGCUGGCAGUGUCAAGCUGGCUACCGAGCUCGCAGAUCACAAGGUUGCGCUGCAGAAGGCCACAGAGUACAUGCACCAUGAAGCGAACCUCCACAUUGCUGGCGUUGGUCAUCGCGUUGUGCACGGAGGCGAGUCGCUGACCGCCUCCACUCUGAUCGACAAGCGAGUCAAAGGGCUCAUCCAGGAACACAGCGCUCUCGCACCCCUCCACAAUCCGCCAAACCUGGUCGGCAUCGAAGUCGCCGAGCAGCUGUUUCCAGUUCCCCAGGUCGCCGUCUUUGACACCAGCUUCCACUCCACCAUGCCUGAAGAGGCCUACACAUACGGCCUUCCCUUCUCCCUCUACAAAGAGCUCGGCAUCCGGCGUUACGGUUUCCACGGCACCAGUUACCUGUACCUUACCAGGGAGACCGCGCGACUGCUGAACAAGCCCCCCGAAAAGUUGAACGCCAUCAUGUUUCAUAUUGGGGCGGGCGCGAGCGUUGCGGCGAUCAAGGGCGGCGAGAGCGUGGACACGUCCAUGGGGGUGACACCGCUCGAGGGGCUCGUAAUGGCAACCAGGUGUGGAGACGUGGACCCCAGUCUGGUGAAGAUCCUGAAGGACCACAAAGGGCUCUCCCCGGAUGACGUCGACACCCUGAUGAACAAGAAGAGCGGCCUCUUAGGACUGACCGGGACGAGUGACAUGAGAACGGUGGUGGAGAGAGCGGCAGCAGGCGACGCUCAAGCGGGGCUCGGACUCAAGGUUUGGGUUCACCGGGCAAGGAAGUACCUGGGCGCAUACCUGGUGCAUUUGCGAGGCGACGUAGACGCGAUCGUAUUCAGCGCUGGGAUCGGCGAGCGGUCCGUGGUCGUGCGGCAAAUGAUCUGCGAGGGGUUGGAGCGGUUCGGGAUUGAGAUCGACAACGCCAAGAACGAGGACGUGAAGAAGAAGGGCGGGGACAUCUCCAAAGACGGCUCGCGUAUCAAGGUUCUGGUUGUUCCCACUGACGAAGAGUUGUGCAUAGCCCAAGAAACAAUCAGAGUAAUUGACACAGUAGGUUGAUAACGUCGGCGUCAGAAGGGUUGUUAGUCACAGAAAUGGUAGUAUACCUGUAAACUAUAGCUGUAAACAUGGCGACCAGAGGUAGCACGAGGCACGCGUCUGACGAUGUUAGAUGCACGCGUCUGACGAGUUUAGAUGUCAUGUAGGUUUUCCCAGCCCAUCGUCAACUUCGCAGGCCGCCCGCAAAGUAUCAGCGGUCCCAGUAUGAGAGAACAUAGUAAUAGUGUGUAUGGUUUGGUCCUGAUAUCGAAGCGAACCUUCAAUUACAGUCAACUAACUGUGCAUUCAAACGAUAAAUGAAGGCAUCCGACCACCGUGAAUCAUCACUAAAAAGCCUUUGAUUUCUACGUUGGACUUCAGAAACUAGAUCCUCGUAUCGUGGUUUUUCAAAUCAAACACGCGCUGUAGCUAAACAGGCAUAAUAGGCUCCUUCAAUGGCAUACAAACGUUUAGGAGUAACCGUUAAAGUACGUUAUGCGGCGUGACAGCUAAUUGAAUGUCAUCUAUUUAAGUUCCUAUCAGUUAGUGACCCGGC